AAAAAAAGAAUAAAAAAAUGUCUUUGGGUGGCUCAGCCACGUACUUACAAGAAGGUGAAGUGGUACUACGUGAUUUACAAGGUCUCCUGAGGAAAUUCUUGGAUGAGCAAGUGAUUGUUGUCAACUUCACAACAUCGACUUUACUACCUAAGGGUGAAAAUUAUGGUAGCACUAUAUUGAAAGUUGAAGCUGUGAUUAAGAGGAGCAAAGAAUCGUCGGAGGAAAAUCUGUCGCUAGUAGCGAAAAUGAUAUCUCUGAUAGAAUUUCAAAAGAUCCAUUUAAAUAACACCAGUUCGUUUAUGAAAGAAAUAUACGUAUUUGAAAAACUAAUACCCAGUUACAGAGCAUUAGAGAAGGAAAGUGGAAUAAAGGAUAAAGAUUUAUUUGAUAUAUUACCGAAAUAUUAUGGCGGAAGAUUAAAUAGAAAUCAAGAAUUGCUUAAUGAGGCUGACGAAGACGCCGUUUUAUUGAUGGAAAAUUUAAAAGUGCGUCAUUUCCAUUCGAUGAAUAGACAACAAGGUCUGGAUUAUUAUCAUGCGAAACAGGCCAUCGAUCAACUCGCUCGAUUCCACGCUUUGGGCAGGGCUCUUAAAUACAAGAAUCCGGCCUUCUUUGAGGAGGCUACCAAAAUCAUAAAUGUUUCUCCAUUCAAAAUGUCGACAAACGAAUUCAACGACAUUGUCCAACAUUUAAUCAAUAUGAUUUGCACGGAUUCGCGAAUAGCCAAGUACAAAGACAGACUUCAGAAUUUAAUCGACAUAGGCUGUAAUUUCAUUACACCGUCCGAAAUUAGCGAACCCUGGAUAACGUUCGCUCACGGAGAUUUUUGGGUCAACAAUAUUAUGUUUCAAGAAGAGAGCAGCAAUAUAAAGAAUAUCAAGUUCGUUGACUUUCAGCUAAUGAAAUUAAGCAGUCCACUCAACGAUAUUCCGUAUUUUAUUUGCGGGAGCGUCGAUAUUAACACCAUAAACGAGCAUUUUGACGAUCUUUUGGAUACUUAUUACACUAAAUUCAUAAAAGUAUUAAAUUCAGUUCACUGCGAUGUUUCACCCUUCACAAGAAAGACUUUUGAUGAAAAUCUGAAAUUACAAGGGCAAGCAGAAUUAUUACAUUGUUUGCUAGCGGUUAAAUUUUUUACUAUUGAAAUAUCCAAUGAGCUCAAUUUGGACGACUUGAAGUCCUCGAUCAUAAUGAAGGAUGCAUCUAAUCUGUUCCUCGAUCGCUCGUACACAAUAAUUUCCAAAUUUAUUGAAAAAGAAUGGAUUUGAGAUAUAAGCAAUAUUAGGUAAUAAAAUUAUUCAUAAAGAAUAGCAGAAUAUA